UCGUGCGUCCUUGAUCACCUUCUUCUGCAACGCGUUUUCUUCCUUAUCCCAUCGUCAUCAUAAUCCCAACAUGACAUUUCUAGAUUUCGCUUCUUCAGAGGCUCUUGAUUUCGAUUUUUCCUUCGAACUGACUGAUUGUUUAUUCUCAUUCAGCGAUUUUAAAUAGACUGUUGGUUUGCUCGCUGCCGGCGUCCCGAGGUUGGAGUUUCGUUGAUAAACGAGUUAGGGUUGUGAAGAGCAUAGAAUAAUGCCUUCGGUGCCCAUUGAUUUCUUGAUACGCCCGUGGAUGCUUUGUUUGACCAUUUUCCAUGGUGGAUCCUCCUCUCACCGUCUGAAACAUCUCGAAAAAGUUGACCAGCGUGCUAAUCUUGGUUAUCAGUAGGAAGCUCUUGUCAUUCCUUUUAAUUUCUUUCAAGGUUCUCUUUAAGAGAUAUCUGUUUCGGUCUUAUCUCGUCUCAACGCUUGCUAGUAUAAGAAAGACUUGGUGAUCACCCUGGAACCGUGUUAGGCUGCUAGCUUCAAAAGCUGUGGAAAUUUGCCUCUGUUAAUUAAUGUUCUAAGAGCGUUGUUGCACCGAAAGUCGUCGCUGAACGUAUUUUGGAUUACGCAGUAAGUAAUCUUCCAAAAUUUAUGUGUCAUUCUAAUUCAUGACACUCCUCUUUAAAACAAUAAAUCUAUGCUAUCACAUUGAACCUGAGCCUCGAUCGGUUCAAACUAUACAGGGAAGACAACCAGAACACAACCGCAUAUCGCCUAGACGCCUACACCCUUAGUCUAACAGCUGAGACCUUUUUGUCUAUCCUAUUUCAAAAAAUUUUCGUGCAUAGGGCUGUAUGAUUUGUCAUAUACGUAACACUUUUGUAUGCUCCGUUCUCCAUAUAAUAAAACGAGUACAAGAUUCCCUUACCAAACUCAGCCUAUAAUUUUAAAAAAAUGGAUAUCGCUUUCCUCAUUUUUACGCUUUAAGUUAUUCGUUCCAACUCAAAUUACCACCGACAUGCUGGUUGGUGGUAGUGUCGGUUCUGCUGUUACUUUCAUUAGUCAUGGAGAAAUUGAUAUUUGAAGUGCGUAGCCUAUAACUGUUAUGUUGUUCAUAUUCAACUGCCAUGAUGCUGGUAGGCGUCUUUUCUAUGUCACCAUAUGUCAAAUAACAUUUUAUUUACUUUCCUCCCCUUAAGCUCUUUAAUCAUUUCCUCAUCACAAAGCAAGAUAUAAUUUGCUUAAUGCUGAAUAUAUUAUUUAUGUUAUGCCUCCUGUCUUGUUCAUUUUUCUUAACGUACGUUUAUAGAAGUUUGAUUUAUUUAUCUAUCUUGAUAAUAUUUGUCUACUCUUGUCUUUUAGUACCUGAUCCAAUCGGUGGAGAUGUACUCUCUCGCUAAUACCCGCCAUGACAAUUUAAUAAGUAAUCUAGAAAGUACUUUUAGCAAAUCAUUUCAUAUUGAAGAUGCUGAGAGAUCAGAAAAUUCAUCUGUGGGAGAUGACUAUUGUGAUACGGGGCAGGGAAGUCUUAUACAGCAAGAAACGACAACAGAUGAUAUGUGCCUGAGAGGGUCUGCAGACACGAGCUAUUUUAAUCCGUUGCUACCACUUUGCUCUUCAGAUGAUGACUUGGUCAUGAAUCAUGUGAUUCAAGCCAAUAUAGCAAAGACCCAUUUGAAGCCUGUUUCUGCAAUGAAAGGUAGCCGUGGGAAACAAGGAGGAUGCAGAACGAAAUUGACCGUGAAAUGGGCCCCUGAUGUGUAUGAUCCACUAACAAGAUCAUUAUCGCACUCUUACAAAAGCAAGCGACAAUAUAAAUCCAAGGGCAAGAAGAGUGAGAAGAAGAAUGGAAUGGUUCAGAAGAACACUUACAAUCGGAGAGUUAGUGGCAAAGGUAAGAAGCAGUAUUGCGAGUCAAUUGGGACGUCUGAUAAGUGUUGUAAGCUGCUGGAUUCUCGUAAUGGAUUGCUUGAAUCGUCUACCGAAUUAGAUGCUUUAGAUUCCCACGAAGAUUCUUUCUGUGGAACUAGCUUCAUCAAACAAUCAGUUACGCUAGCGCAUUACUCAUUUGCAGAAGCCUAAUGAGGGUGUUCUUAAUACUUUUUGCUCCUUUCAUCUGGCACUUUAUAAAACUUCUGGAUUGCACGACAUAAUGUGGCUCUGGCCACUGAACGCAGAACAUGACUGUUUUCUUAAGGCUCGAGCUCCCAAAACAUAUUAUGCUGUGUAAAGCGCAGCAUGGUUAUAUGCGUUUGGAUGACGAGCUUUGUUGAUCACGGCAUCAUGAUAGGAAUCAAGUGUCUCGCGUUAAUGGGCGUUCUAGUCCAUGAACUUCUGCAUGGCUUGGUUACAUUCUAGAAUGCUGAUCUGGGGAAGAACGAGUCGCCAUAGUACAAAGGCAUGAUUAUAGUCGAUACCGUCUAGCGGCAAAGGUGUGAGUGUGUGACGCUAGUUUUCGAAGUGAGUUUCCGCGAAGGUUUAGAACUUGUGAGCAUUUGCUCCUCCCCAAAAUUUUCGUCAAGUAGCGACUGGUCUAUAUUUUGAUGGCUUGUGUGAAAAUAAGAGAAUACUCUUAUUUACAGGAUAUAGAGGAAGUUAGAUUUUCUUCUCAACAAAGAAGAGUAAAGGAGAGACCAAUUCAAA